AUGGCGUCUGAUAGCUACGACUUCGUCAUCAUUGGCGGUGGAGCGGCUGGGCUUGUACUCGCGAACCGCAUCUCGGAAGAUCCCAAUCUUCAGGUGCUGGUCAUAGAAGCCGGGGCUGAUCAGAAGGAUGAUCCACGAGUCAACAUUCCCGGCAUGUGGUCUGCUUUGAUCAAGACUACUUCGGACUGGGCCUUCAACACAAACCCACAGGAAUCUCUUGGUGGCCGCAAAUUGCUGUCUUCCCAGGGUCGAGCUCUCGGCGGCAGUACUGCCAUGAAUGGGCUCAUGUUCACACCAGUCCCUGAAUCUAAUGUUGAAGGGUGGGCACGCUUGGGCAAUCCUGGAUGGGAGUGGGCGAAAUUCUCGCAAUCGAUGAGUAAGGCCUAUGUGCUGACUGACGACACAUCCGAGGAAAAUGACACAACUGGUACACUCACAGUGUCUUUUCCUGACCAAUCCAAUAAUGGGUGGCUGAACAUUUGGAAAGACACUCUUAACGGGCUUGGCAUUUCAGUUUCUAGUGAUAUAUUCACGGGAAAAGGGAAUGGUCUCAUUGUCACACCUGAAAACAUCCAGCCGAGAACCAAAAAACGAAGCUAUGCGCAGAGUGCAUUUUUAUCACCUGUGCUCAACCGAAGCAACUUGGCUAUUCUGACUGAGGCAGUAGUUGAAAAGAUCAACUGGAAUCGGUCAGAUCCCACCAAAGCCAGAGCAGAGAGCGUUCAGUACGUAAAGGAUGGUGAAAGAAGUAAUGUCGCUGUCAGAAAAGAGGUCGUGCUCGCGGCCGGUGCCUUCAAUUCUCACAGACUGCUCGAGCUUUCUGGCAUUGGGUCAGCAGAGCUGCUGCGGGAGAUGGUCAUUGAUGUGGUUGUAGACAACCCGGGCGUCGGUGAGAACCUACAAAACCAUCUCACAGUUUCCGUGAGCUUCGAAGUCAAAGAUGGAUCGCAGACGCUAGAUGCGCUCGUUCGUCAGGAGCCUGCUGCUCUUGCUGCUGCGAUGGAGGCUUACGGAAAGGGAGCCGGACCUUUGGCAACCAGUGGGACUUCUGUUACAGCACAUUUGCCCUUCCCCGGAAUUCAAACGGAUGAAGGCAAAAAGGACUUGGAGCAGAUCAUUGCCCAAACCUUUGAUGCCAAGGUCGGAGGGAGUAAGUCGAGCGCGAUUUUCGAUCAGGCGAAUAAAGACUUUGUGCGCUCCGUACUGUCCUCUCCCGAUGAGGCGUCAGGUUACUAUAUUUUCUUUCCAGGUUGGGGAGCAUUUAAUCCCAACGGAUCGAUGGCUACAGCAGAGGGAUCCAGCAAGUACUUCACCAUUGGCCUCCUCAACACGCACCCGCUCUCACGAGGCUCGACACACAUCAACUCUGUAUCUGCGUCGUCACAUGAGGCUGUAACCAUCGACCCAAAGUACCUCUCUCACCCCCUUGACAUUGGAAUCUUCACGCGAAACUUGCGUUUCUUGGAAACCAUAGUCGGAGCUGAGCCGCUUUCAUCUCAGCUCAAGCCAGGCGGAAAACGAAAUCCUUUGGCGCCACUCGAUGGAGGCUUUUCAGAUCCUGACAAGGCUAAAGAGUACGCGAAGAAGCUUGGCUUUGGGUCAAACCACUUCGUCGGUACUUGUUCAAUGAUGCCUCGCGAGAUGGGUGGUGUUGUGGAUCCGGAACUCCGAGUGUACGGCACAGAGAAUCUGCGUAUCUGCGACUCUAGCAUCAUUCCUCUGAUACCACGGGCAAAUCCCCAGGCAGCUGUAUACGGUGUCGCGGAACACGGAGCUUCUAUUAUCAAGUCCAGUACCUAA